AUGAAACAAGCUGCAUGUUUAGUGUCAACGUCGAAACCAACACACGUAUACGCAUCAGAAUUGGUCAGCAUGAAUGAAGAUGUCAAAAGAAAAUUAACUUCAAAAGACCACAUGACAAGGAGACUUAGAUAUCAAAAAAGAAAACAUUUUCCAAAAGAACCUGAAUCUGCGACAGAUUUGAAUAUUCCGGACGAUUUUAAAACAAUUAGUAGCACAAGUGACACGCCGUUCCUCAUGUACGAUAAUGGAAUAAAUUCAGAAAAUCGUUUGAUUUUGUAUUCAUGUUUGAACCAGCUAACGAUUCUUUCAACUCAUUCAAGAUGGUUCAUGGAUGGAAAUUUUUCGUUAUGCCCAAGGAUUUUUCAUCAAAUUUACAUAAUUCGCAUCCAAACGAGAGAUGAUUUGUACAUAACAUGCGUUUAUGUUUUAAUGACAACCAAAACUCAACAAAGCUAUGAAGAAUUAUUCAGAGCUUUGAAGGAUGAAUUCAAGACAUGUUUGGUCACCACGUUCAGAUUAAAGCAUGUUUUUUUUCAUCUGACUCAAAGUUCCUGGAGGAAAAUUAAUGAACUUGGAUUAAGUGCGACUUAUAAGCAAAAUGAAAACAUAAGACACUUUGUAGGAAUGGUCGAUGGGCUCGCCUUUCUACGAAUCCAAGAUGUGGAAGAAGGGAUAAUUUAUUUGUUAAAUAACAUCCCAAAUAAUGAUGACGACAUAAGAAAAUUUGUCAAUUAUUUUGAUGAAUUUUAUUGUCGUGGAAAAUUAAGAAUAGUGCCCGGCAAUAAUCCACUCACCAUACUUUUGAGGAGGACACCACCAGUAUUUCCCCCUGAACUUUGGAACAUGAAUGAAAUAACAGUUAGUGGGAAUGCUCGAACAAACAAUAUUUGCGAAGGCUGGAACAGUUCUUUUAGGAGUUUAGUGGGCCAUUCUAACCCGUCAAUUUGGACCUUACUGAGAGCUUUCCAGUUAGACAGAUCGAUGAAUAUCAAUGCAUUUAAUCAACUUCAAGAAGGUCGACCAACCUUGAAAAAAACAUCUCAACACACAAUUAACCAUCAACGAAGAUUGCGAAACAUUUGCAACGAUCUGAAUAAUGAGUUUGUUACCAUACCCAUAGCUUUACAAGCGAUAGGACAUACCAUACUACUUACAAGAGAUUACGAUUACAUUUAA